CGCCCCGCUUCCGGCGUGGCUUCGCGCCUGCGCACCCGCCUGCGCACCCGCCAGGGUCGUGACGGGACGCCGGAGGUGCGGCAGUCGGAGCCCAGGAAUCCAGCGGUGCCCUUGCGCUCUCCGCCGGUCCUCGCCCGCCGCCCGAGCGUUCGCAGGUGAAGAGAUGGCAUUUGUGAAGAGUGGAUGGUUGCUGCGACAGAGUACUAUUUUGAAGCGUUGGAAGAAGAAUUGGUUUGAUCUGUGGUCAGAUGGUCACCUGAUCUAUUAUGAUGACCAGACCCGGCAGAGUAUUGAGGAUAAGGUCCAUAUGCCAGUGGACUGCAUCAAUAUCCGCACAGGGCAUGAGUGUCGGGAUAUUCAGCCUCCAGAUGGGAAGCCAAAAGACUGUCUGCUGCAGAUUGUUUGCCGAGAUGGGAAAAUUAUCAGUCUUUGUGCAGAAAGCACAGAUGAUUGUUUGGCCUGGAAAUUUGCGCUGCAAGAUUCAAGAACAAACACAGCUUAUGUUGGCUCAGCAGUCCUUUCUGAGGAGACAGUCGUGGCUGCUUCGCCCCCUCCAUAUGCAGCCUAUGCUGCACCAACUCCUGAGCAAGCAUAUGGCUAUGGUCCAUAUGGUGGUGCGUACCCAGCAGGAACUCAGGUUGUCUAUGCUGCCAAUGGCCAGGCGUAUGCUGUGCCCUACCAGUACCCAUAUGCAGGAAUUUAUGGACAACAGCCUGCCAACCAAGUCAUCAUUCGUGAACGGUAUCGAGACAAUGACAGUGACCUUGCACUAGGCAUGCUGGCUGGAGCGGCUACAGGAAUGGCCUUAGGGUCUCUGUUCUGGGUCUUCUAGAAUCUUCAAGAUCUUAAUGUGCAUAGCUUCUGAUAAUCCUGUGUGCAAUAAUAUGAUUUGCAGGGCAUUUCUGUUUGUGACAAAUGUUUUUAAUAAUAGUUUUAAUAGUUCUUUUGGAAGUAGUGACCUAAUAAUUGUAACUAAUCUGCAAAAGAACCACAGAGAGGGGUUUGAACUGUGUUGUUUGGCUAAACACACUGGGGGCUCUGGCUCAUUCUAAGACUUUCCUUAUGGAACUCUUGGAAUACCUUAUUUGAACAUACCUGUCUUGAAAGGCAUUUUCUUUCCACAUUUAGGUGUAGUGCUGAAAGGACAAUUUAUUUUCAUGUUGUACAAUAAUAUAGUGAUGAAUGGGUGAGUGGUGUGGCAAGAGAAACUGCAGCUUCUUUUGGUUUGACCUUAAAUUUUCAAACCUCAGACCAGAACUGGCUGCAUGUUACCUUAAGAGUCGUGGACUGGUAAGCUGUCAAAGUCAGUGGUAUGAGAUUAGCCCCACAACCUGCCCUCUGGGGCUCUGUGGGCCCCCAGCAAGACUGACUGCUCAGGAUGACAGGGAUACUGCCCCUUUAAAAAUGAUGCUUCAGAAAUCUGCCUAAUGCUACAGCUGCUUAUAAAAUCCUGUUAUUGCUAUAUGUUUUUCGUAGUAAUACUUAGAAAACAUCCUACAUUAUGAAUUAAUUUGAACCUCAGUGUUUUAAGGCUUUAUCUUUAAAACUUGAAGAAGACAGAACAGUAACAAGUGUAUGGAGCUAAAUUAUUCAGAGAUAUAUUUUAAGUGUGUACUUUAGGUAUAUUAUUGCCCACUAAGCCUAUUUAUAACCUAUUUUUCUAUUUGUUGAGAAAGUAAUACUAAAAGAAUGGUAAGGAAAAUGGAGGGAGAGCCAUAGUUAGAGUAUUCUUGCUUUAGGCCUUCUGGGGAUCACACUGUGUGCAGAACACUCUUUUCCAUGCUCUGAAGGCCUGUCCUUUGGAGCAGUAGGGCACUGUGACUGUUCACCAAGUGCUGGGAUGUACUCUGACUGGGAAAAACUUGAGUCGUAGUUGAGAAAUGGGGCCUAGAGACCAAAGGACCUGCUCAAGAUAGCAGUCACACUGACCAGGACCUUAACCUUGAUUUUGUUCCUGACCCACUCAUUGUAGAGAAGCUGAAAACCUUUAAUUUUGAGCCCCCAAAUGUGUGAAGGUCCAGAAAACUCACAGUCCUCUCUGUCAAAUACUUGUAUUUCCCACAUUAUGAAAUAUAUAUUUAAAAUGUUUAUAUUUUCUGUUACUUCAUGUCUUAAAAGCUGCUGUUUAUUCUAAUUUUCUGUCCUGUAUGCUUUAGUGAAUUUUCAUUAAGGUGGGUCAGCACAGUAAAGUCCCUGCCCAAUACUUCAAAUGGUCCUGUUUUUCAAAAUGCACUCCAGGAAGCACAAAUUCUGUUGUGAUUGUGCUGGUUACAUACAUGGCUCUCUUGUUUCACUGCUCAACUGGCUCCAUCUCUUCAUCUGUUCAGGUCUUCAAAUAGAUCUCCAUGUAAACCAGAUGCCAAGUAGACUUAGUAGUGCCAACAGUCUGUUUUUCUAGCUAUUCCUAGGGGACUUGUUGACAUGGGAGUAUCUGUUUCUAGCUGAAAGGAAGUGCACUUGUCUCUGUGUGUAGACAUGAUAUGUGACAACAUGGUGUUGAGGAAGUGUUCUAACAGGUAAUGUUGACAUAGUCAUAAGAAUGGCUUUUGUUUGGAUUAUAAUCAUUAUUAAAGCUGUAUGCUUUAUUUAUACAAUAUUAAAAUCAGUUUUUAAUGUUGCAUUGGGGUGUUAAUUUUGAACUUGGAGAUAUUGGAUAACAGGAAUUCCUGGAACUAGACAGUAUUGAGUUAUGCCACUGAAAUGCUCUUGAAGCAAACAAAGUAUGUCGUGUGACCCUUGGUUGCCUUGGCUAAAGAGUGCGAGGUGUGGACCAAAGUUUGGGCAUCCAUGUGACUCCCUCUCCCUAAUCCCUGCCUCUGAGGAGGCCAAUCUCCUUUGUCAGCCAUAAUUGAGACUAGUAAUUCCCUGUCACUAAUGACUUGAUUCUGAUAUGAAAUGUGUACUGGGUGUUCAGAUCUUUUUUUUCUUGGCCUCAGUUCCUAUAGAUGCCACCCUUUUGAGAGCUUCAGUUUCUCAACCAUAUCCUUUAUGUACAGUGCUAAGUCAUGAAGUUGGAAAGAACUUCUUGUUCAGGUUAAGUAAGCAUUUUACUUCCUUGUGUACUUUGAUUUGUUUAUGUUUGAUUUUUUGAGAUGGGGUCUCACUAUGUUGCCCAGAAUGACCUUGAACUCAUAAUCCUUCUGCCUUAGCCUCCCAAGUAGCUGUGAUUAUAGGCAGGUGGCACACCUUGCUCCAUGUGUACUUUUAAAUAAUGAUUCAUGCCUGGAAGAAGUUGGCUGUUGAUACUGUACAUUGCUGAUCUGAUUGUUCUGUUAGCUGUGGUCUUGGAAUUUCUUGAGUAAACUUUGGGCCUUGGACAGGAAAGUGAAGGGAAGAUCUGUGGUUAGUGUCUCAGGUCAUCAUUCAUGAAAAAGCCAGACUUUGUCUAUGCUAGGUUGUUCAAGACCCAGAGUAGCCAUCUGGAUUUUAAGAAGCACCUGCAGUUGAGACACAGUGAUCCAAAUUUAUUUUCCACAUUAGUUUUUGGUCAUGUAUGUUCUUUCUUUUUCUUUCCCUUUGUAACCAGAAGGCACAGAAUACAGUUCUGUUUUUCUCCUUGAUUUGAUCUUUAUUGUGAUUGCUUCCGUGUCUCUAGUGUUUUUUUGUGUCUAUAAAACCUAUUUUCCCCUAUAUAUGCAGAUUGUAUGUUUAUAAGUGGAAGUGUUAAAAUAUUAAAUGAUCAUUAACCUUUAAAAGCA